CCCGCCUCCUGAAGCGGCUGGAAAAUUUUGUGAUCCACAGAUUUCGAAGAGAAAUUGGCGCAAGGGUUCAUCCGCUAAUUGCCAAGUUUUCGAGGUAGUGGAAAACAAGUCGGGACAUGGACAGCCGCUUGCAGGAGAUCCGGGAGCGGCAGAAGUUACGUCGACAGCUUCUCGCGCAGCAGUUGGGAGCUGAAAGUGCUGACAGCAUUGGUGCUGUGUUAAAUAGCAAAGAUGAGCAGAGAGAAAUUGCUGAAACAAGAGAAACUUGCAGGGCUUCCUAUGAUACCUCUGCUCCAAAUGCAAAACGUAAGUAUCAGGAUGAAGGAGAGACAGAUGAAGACAAGAUGGAAGAAUAUAAGGAUGAAUUAGAAAUGCAACAGGAGGAAGAGAAUUUGCCAUAUGAAGAAGAGAUUUAUAAAGAUUCUAGUACUUUUCUUAAGGGAACACAGAGUUUAAAUCCCCAUAAUGAUUACUGCCAACAUUUUGUAGACACUGGACAUAGACCCCAGAAUUUCAUCAGGGAUGUAGGUUUGGCCGACAGAUUUGAAGAAUACCCUAAACUGCGGGAGCUCAUCAGACUGAAGGAUGAGUUAAUAGCUAAAUCUAACACUCCUCCUAUGUACUUACAAGCAGAUAUAGAAGCCUUUGACAUCAGAGAACUGACACCCAAAUUUGAUGUGAUUCUUCUUGAACCACCUUUAGAAGAAUAUUACAGAGAGACCGGCAUCACUGCUAAUGAAAAAUGCUGGACUUGGGAUGAUAUUAUGAAGUUAGAAAUUGAUGAGAUUGCAGCACCUCGAUCAUUUAUUUUUCUCUGGUGUGGUUCUGGGGAAGGAUUGGACCUUGGAAGAGUGUGUUUACGCAAGUGGGGUUACAGAAGAUGUGAAGAUAUUUGUUGGAUUAAAACCAAUAAAAACAAUCCUGGGAAGACUAAGACUUUAGAUCCAAAGGCCGUCUUCCAGAGAACAAAGGAACACUGCCUUAUGGGGAUCAAAGGAACUGUUAAGCGUAGCACAGACGGGGACUUCAUUCAUGCUAAUGUUGACAUUGACUUGAUUAUCACAGAAGAACCUGAAAUUGGCAAUAUAGAAAAACCUGUAGAAAUUUUUCAUAUAAUUGAACAUUUUUGUCUUGGUAGAAGACGCCUUCAUCUGUUUGGAAGAGAUAGUACAAUUCGACCAGGGUGGCUUACAGUUGGACCAACUCUUACAAAUAGUAACUACAAUGCAGAAACGUAUGCAUCCUACUUCAGUGCCCCGAAUUCCUAUUUGACUGGAUGUACAGAGGAAAUUGAGAGACUUCGACCAAAAUCACCUCCUCCCAAAUCUAAAUCUGAUCGGGGAGGUGGAGCUCCCAGAGGAGGCGGAAGAGGUGGCACUUCUGCUGGCCGUGGGCGAGAGAGAAAUCGAUCUAACUUCCGAGGAGAAAGAGGUGGCUUCAGGGGGGGCCGUGGAGGAGCACACAGAGGUGGCUUUCCACCUCGAUAGUUUUUAGGACACUGAUCCUAUUAAUGCCCCUUCACCUUCUUUCCGAUAGUUUGAAUUUCACCCAGGAGAUGUUUAGAACUCUGUUCCGGCUUGCACUUUGCUUAAGUUUCUCUAAGCUACAGGAAUAUUUUAAUCAACCUCCCUUGCAGUUAUCACUGUCGCAUUUUAUUCAGGGUAAAUGAGUCAUCCUGGCUUUUGUCCUGUGCAUGUAACCAGAGUGGAACAACACAAAUACCUUCGCUUUCAGAAAUGGAAUUUAGUCUAAUUACAAAGGCUUUUGCUUUUUAGGAAUAAAGUGAGCAGUGAA